GAGAGGAAGGUGCAAAGUUAGUUAAAUAACUGUGUUUCCCUGCAGAAUUUGUGCGAAAGGACAGUAGAUAACACGGAAAGAUGGGUGACAGAGCUUUUACGAAGGGCUUGAUGCCGGGAACGACGGCUGCUCGUCUGCGACAGAGCGCUGCCGAAGCGAUGAAGCAAACCGCUGUGCAGUCACGCCCCAAAUCCGUGGAACCGAUCGACUACGAAACAUUUGUGGUGAAGAACAAGACGUUACUACACAAUGACCCGCAGGUUCACAUGCUCAACUUUCCCCACGAUGAUGUCUCGGAAGUCUCAAAAGAGCGGAAGUUCCGAACUGUUCGCUCCACGGUUCCGAAGAACGCUACAAAGGAGGCAUCCAGUUUACUUGUCCGGGAAUGUAUACGGACUUACACGAGUGAUUGGCACUUGGUGGAAUACAAGUACAAGAAUUAUUCCGGGAAUUAUAGGCAGCUACCCAACCAAAAGUCAAGAGAUGCAUUACCCGAGCAUGUGUUUGAAAUUGACGCUGAAGCCGAGGAGAAAGAUGAGGAAUUGAAUUACUCUAGAAGCCUUAGCUCGGCUGUAACAAAGAAGGGCUGGUUGUUCAAAGGGCCGGAGGGAAAAGACAAGGAUAUCAUCAUCAGCUUCACAAGGCAAUUUAAGCGUAGGUUCUUCAUUCUAAAGCAGCAGGCUGACUUCACAUACGUACUACAAUUUUACAAAGAUGACAAAAAACAAGAGGCUCGGGGAGCCAUAUUUCUGGACAUUGCUCAGGAUGUCGUCAGGAACACGAAGAAGGGGAAGUUCUGUUUUGAGGUGCAGAUGCAGAAUGGUCAGCAUUAUUUGUUUGGGGCAGAAAAUGAGAGUGAGCUGGAGGAGUGGAUGCAGACCCUGAAAAGGGUCAUCCACGUGGCGGAGACCGGGUCACAAGCGUCCACAGACUCACGCUCAAGAGAUGACCUGUCCACACCUGACAAGGGAGAUGGGAAGAAAGAGAGUGCGCACGGACUCGUCAAAUAUUCUAGAGAAACAGAGACAGCUUUAACAAAAGCAAGGCAGGAAGGACGACAUAAAAUGUUUGAUAUUUUCCCAGACAUGCAGAGAGCGAUGUUGCCUGCAGACCUGGAUGAAGCUGAGGACAAUGUAGAUGAGGUUUACCCAGAACAGUUAGGAAGCCGCUACUAUGUCCAGCUGAAGGACUUCCAGCUAAAACUCCAAGUGUCCCUCAAUGUCAACGGAGAGGAGAAAAACACAAAUCCUGAGCCAUUUUUUAUCACCCUGGCUCUGUACGAUGCCAAAGCGGGCAAAAAGAUCUCUGAGGAUUUCCAUAUAGAUCCCAAUGUGCCCGAGAUCCGAUCCAUGAUCCCACCUGAUAUCCUUCAGGCCUCUGACAAACUGCACACAGUGGAAGGAAAACAGACAGCCCCAGAUCUAGACGGCCUACAGGAGAACUGGCUGAAAUGCCCUCAAAAACAGGCAAUUUUUUCCAUCCAAACCCAGAACAAGGAAGACAUCUACUUGUUUGCAAAAGUAGAGAAAGUCUUACAAGGCGGGAUCUCAAACUGUACAGAACCAUAUAUCAAACUGAACGACCCUAAAAUGGGAAGCAAAGUUCACCGUCAGAUGAGGCAGUACUGUUCACACAUAGGACAUUACAAGAUGCCCUUUGGUUGGGCGGCUAAACCAAUGUUCAAACCCUUCUCCAGAACUGUGGACAAUAUAUCAGACUUCAUGCUUUACAAACAGGAGGGUUCCAAAAUGUCAGAGGAAGAAAUCAUUAAACAUCUACAGGAUUUUAGAAAGCCAGAGAAGCAGAGCAAGUGGCAGGUGAUCCCCGCAGUCUUCAAAGUGACAGUGGAGGAGCUGGCAGGACCCAUUCCCGAUUCUCUGACUUCAUCUUUGGUACCUGUAAAACCAUUCAACUCUCCCCCGAGCCAUAUCCCUACCAUAGAAGUGGAAGAGUUCAUCCCAGAGAAAGGGGAUGCAGUGUCCCCCUUCAUGUCCUAUGUCAAUCAUCUGUAUGUCUAUCCUCACCUGCUCAAGUAUGACAGCCAGAAACAUUUCACAAAGGCCAGGAACAUUGCCUGCUGCGUAGAAAUACGAGAUUCUGACCAUGAGGGGGCCAUUCCUCUAAAGCGUAUUUAUGGUCGUCCAGGUGUGUCUGUGUUUACCACAGUCACCAGUACUACCGUCCUCCAUCAUAAUACCACACCUGACUUCAACGAGGAGGUUAAGAUCGCUCUCCCCACCCAGCUACAUGAAAAACAUCACCUCCUCUUCAAGUUUUAUCAUGUCAGCUGCGAAGCUUCCAAAAGCAGCGGAAGAAAUUCCUCUGUGGGCACCUCGAGAAAGCGGGACCACAUCGAAGUGUUGGUUGGUUUCGCAUGGUUGCCAUUACUGCAUCAGGGGAGGCCGGUGAACGGUGAGCGCAACCUCCAGGUGGCUGCCAACCUUCCAGCAGGCUAUGUGUCUCAUGAACCCUUUGGCAUGGGCAAAGGGAGUGCGGGGCCUGACAUUCGGUAUGUGGACGGAGGCAGACAGCUCUUUAAGGUUGGGGUUAGACUGGUCUCUACUGUCUACACCAGAGAUCAACAUUUACAUAACUUCUUCCAUCACUGCCAGAGAAUGGAGAAUGGCCUUAGUCCAGCAGUGGACCUGGACACAAACAAUAAAUUAAAGCAAGGGGAAGUAACUCAGGGUUCUGACAUGCACAUCUUGCUCAACGCUGUCAAGUCUCUCCAUGCAGUGGACGUCAGCACAUUUGUCCAGUUCUUACCCACAAUCAUUAACCAGCUCUUCCGCCUUCUGCCACAAACGUCCAAUGACGAUGUUGCUCUUAAUGCAGUCAGAGUGCUCAUCCACAUCGUGUCUGAAGUGGAUGCUGUAGGCAAGAUUGAAGCACUCUUCAUCUACGUCAAGUAUGUGUUCAUGACAGAGUCCUGUUCGUCCACCGCCAAACAUCCUAACACUGUCCAUGACGAACUGGCAAAGAACCUCAUUAGCAUAUUACGGCCGGGAAAUGCUGAUCAGCUGGUCGUCAACCGGUUUCUCAAACACGCCUGGUUUUUCUGCGAGAUCAUUGUGAAAAGCAUGGCUCAACAUCUGAUUCAGUCCAAGAGGAUUAAGAUGCCUCGCAAUGAGAGGUUCUCUUCAGACUUUCAGUACCGCAUCAAGACUGUCUUACAGUAUCUCGUCCCGCAUAUCGUACAGAAAUAUCGCGAUCUCCCAACAGAAACAAGACGGGCCAACACCAGCGUGGCUGAAUUCAUCAAGGGCUGUUUCAUGUUUAUGGACAGAGGCUUUGUCUUUAAACUUGUCAAGGCCUACAUGGAGAACUUCAGCAUUGGCGAUCCCAAGAGCCUUCAGGAGUAUAAAUUUGACUUCCUCCGCAUCGUCUGCAGCCAUGAACAAUACAUUCCCCUCUGUCUGCCACUCAUGAGGAGGGGGCUUAUCAAAAAUUACAAAGUGUUCUCAGCCAAUCAAAACACAGAUGAUGAUAGUGAUGAUGUGUUUUGUGCUAUGGAGCAGGGGACAUCGCAUGAAGGCGCUAGUUGCGCAUGCUGCAUGAAUGACGUGCGACAAGACUAUACAUUGUCUGAGGAAUUCCGCAAAAACCACUAUUUAGUGGGGUUGAUCCUCCAGGAGUUGAAGACAGCUCUGCAAGAAACGAGGGACAUCCGCAAGUGUGCCAUAACAGUGCUACGUAACCUGCUCGCUAAACACUCUGCUGAUGAUCGCUACGCUACCAAGUCACAGCAGGGUAGAAUCGCUGCCCUCUAUCUGCCCUUCAUCUCUAUCCUCCUGGAAAACAAGAACAGGUUGAUGCGAGACCCAGACAGAUCCCCCGCCAAAACCCCCGCCCCAAUCCCUAACGGGGACGUGGGGAAAGGUGAGCCCACGGAGCAGCACAGAGCUGCUGAAUCAGCCCGGCCUGCACGGGAUUCCCAGGUGUUUGCCAUGAUUGCUGGGAACGUUCCUCACACCAUGAUGACCCUUAAUGUGAAUGGUCAUGCACAGAAUGGUUCAGUGUCCUCCCUCACCAGCGAUGAUGUCCCCGAGAAAGAGGUCAAAGGUCAUGAAAGGACACACUCACAGGCUGGCCAGGUGCCAUCAGCCACAAACACAUUCAGCCGACGGUUUGACAAACUGGAGCAGAACGAGAUUCGUGACUUGCUCGUGUGUUUCCUCUACAUUGCCAAGAAUAUUCCAGAAGACAUCUUGCUGGGCUGGUUUAACAAUGCCUCCGACAACGACAGGAUGGAUUUCUUCACAUUGCUGGAGAUAUGCUUGCAUCAGUUCAAGUACAUCGGCAGGAGGAAAAUUGUCACCCUCAGUGCAAUUGGUGAUUCAAAGAAAGCGCGCACGCUGCCUCCUCGCCGCUCAGUGCCCAACACCAUGCUCCAGCGCCCCCCCAGUCAGUACAGCGAUCUCGGCAUGGAUGAGAUCUCGUCAACAUCAUCUGAUGCCGAAGCUAUGAUGCGGGCAUUGCGAGAAGCAAACAUGGCUACAGAAAUAGGCAUGGUUGUCUUGGAUAUCCUCAGCCUGUACUGCUCUACCUUCAAGCAACUGCUUGAGGCCAAAGACGGAGACAAUCCUGUGAUGAGAAGAGUUUUCCAGCUGUACCUCAUGUUCCUCAGGACCAGCCAGUCAGAAACGCUCCAGAAACAUGCAUUUGCUGCAUGGAGGAUGUUUAUACAAAAGUUCCCCACUGUGCUAUUUCGGGGAAACGCCUUAUUGUGUGGUGAUCUCUGCUAUGAGAUAUUACGCUGCUGUAACUCCAAGUUAAACUCCACGAGGAAAGAAGCCUGUGGACUGCUGUAUAUUCUUAUGAAGUCUAACUUUGAGUUCAGCCACAAAACCAGCUUUACAAGAGUCCAUCUUCAGGUGAUAAUCUCAGUAUCUCAGCUGAUUGGGGAUGUGGUGGGCUUGAGCAACAGUCGGUUCCAGGACAGCCUGGCCAUGAUUAACAACUAUGCCAACUCUGACAAGUCUAUGCAGAGGACUGCAUUUCCUGGAGAGGUGAAGGAUCUCACAAAGAGGAUUCGUACCGUUCUCAUGGCAACGGCUCAGAUGAAGGAGCAUGAAAAUGACCCUGAGAUGCUUGUUGACCUUCAGUACAGCCUGGCCAAGUCGUACGCGAGCACGCCCGAACUACGCAAAACCUGGCUGGAAACCAUGGCUAAAAUUCACAACAGGAACAGCAACUUCUCUGAGGCCGCCUACUGCUACAUCCAUAUUGCUGCUCUUGUCGCGGAGUAUCUCAUGAGGAGAGGGAAGUUGCCAAGAUCGUAUCCCCAGGGCUGCUCAGCCUUUAGCCACAUCUCCCCCAACAUCCAGCCUGAGGAGUCUGGGAUUAAGGAUGACUCCGGUAUGCAGGAUGUUCAGUACACUGAGGACAACCUGGUGGAGUUUUUGGAGCAGGCCGCCAGAGCACUGACGCGAGCAGAACGCUAUGAGCUGUUGGGGGAAGUCUACAAGCUGAUCAUACCUGUAUAUGAGCAGAAGAGAGAGUUUGAUAAAUUAGCAAGCAGUUAUCAGGAGCUGUACCAGGCGUACACACGGGUUGUUGAGGUGACACAGUCAGGCAGGAGACUCUUGGGACAGUACUUCAGGGUGGCCUUCUUUGGUCAGAGCCAUUUUGAAGAUGAAGAUGGGAAGCAGUAUAUUUACAAAGAGCCUAAAGUGACGAGUCUAGCAGAGCUCUGUGGGCGACUGGAGAAAAUGUACUCAGAGAAAUUUGGCAGAGAUAAUGUCAAAUUGAUUAAGGAUUCGAAAAUGGUUGAAGUCAGUUCGCUGGAUCCAAAGUUUGCUUACAUCCAGGUUACCCACGUCACACCAUACUUCACAGACGCUGAACUGGCGGAAAGACAGACAGACUUCGAGCGCAACAACAACCUGAAAAACUUCAUGUUUGAGACUCCUUUUACUAAAGAGGGCAAACCAAGGGGCUCAAUUCCGGACCAGUAUAAGCUGAGAACAGUGCUUACAACAUCUCAUGCAUUUCCAUAUGUGAAGAAGAGGAUUCCGGUUGUAUCACAGCGAGAUCAUGAGCUAUCUCCCAUAGAAGGCGCUAUAGAUGAGAUGCAGAGGAAAGUGCAGGAGCUGCAGGAUGUUGUCGCGGCAACAACACCAGACUUCAAGAAAUUGCAGCUGAAACUUCAGGGGAGCGUUAGCGUGCAGGUUCAUGCUGGGCCCAUGGUGUAUGCAGAGGCCUUCCUCGCCCCCAAAGUGGCUCCUAACUACCCAAAGAAAGAUGUGGCUCAACUCAAAAAACUGUUCAGGCAAUUUGUACAGGUGUGUGACGAAGCUCUGGAGCUGAACCUAACAUUAAUCUCAUCAGAUCAGAAGGAUUAUCAUGAACAGCUGAGGAACGGCUUCCACAAACUAGUCACUGAGCUGGAAGCCAUGUUUGGAGAAAAGCUGGCUACCGUGGACAACAAUAACCAAGCUCAGCGCAACUCUAUGAUGGUUUUCAACAUGACUGCUGCAGGAUCAGCGAGCACGGCGUAGCAACGCAACGUUUCCAUGGAAACUCUUAUACCCACCUGGUUGGUUGUUUGUUUGUUAAAUAUCUGGUGCCUGCUGCUGCUCAUUGUUAUUGUAUGUGGAUUUGGACACGCCAUUGGAUGAUACUUGGAUGAUAUUUGUGCACUGUGGGAGAAUACUUGCACACUAUUGAAUGAUACUUGGAAAUUGUGGGAUAUUACUUGCACACUAUUGAAUGAUACUUGGAAACUGUGGGAUAGUACUUGCACACUACUGGACAGUGCUUGGACACCGAGACGAUAUUUGUAUAUUUUUUUAUUCCAUACAGUAAUAUAUGUUUUCAGCAGAGCCACUGCUAUUCUGAUUGCAGGACAACCAAUGACAGGUGUUGUCCAACACAUAAUUUGGUUUUAAAUUGCAGAACGGCUAAAUAAUUGGACAUUACGGACAUGGCUGCAUUGGUUCCAGUUGGGAAUUUGUUAUUGAGUGAUACCCUCAUGGAAUGAUGAUGAAAUGACACGAAUUGAUUUGAACAACAUCUUUUUGCUGAGCAGUUUCAUGACUGGACGACAUUAAACUGAACAGUAGUUCAGAACAAAAAUUGGGUGUUUAUUGCCAGGAUCAUUGUUUUUACAGGACGCCUUUAACAGGAAAUCUGUUUUUCAAGGACUCAGUCGCCAGUCGGAUAAGAAUAGGAUAAAGGAAUACCCAGAUUUGGAUCCUGCCAACAUUAGUGAACAUACAUGAUGGUGGUAUAGUAGGAGCAGGAUGAAGCUGAACAGACAGUCGGAUUCGGAUCCAGUGAACACUUGUGUAGGAGGGCAACAUUCAGAAGGUGAACGAUGCUAUCCAGGAUGAGAAUAGGGAUGGACGGGCGCUCAGAUAUGGAUUCAUUCUACGUGUAUGUAGGAUGUGAUCUUCUGGUCUGUAUGAACUGAAGGAUUAACUACUGUGAACAAUUCACACAGAAUGAAAUGUCUAGUACAAAGACUGCCUAAGAAAUCUGCAUCAUACAGCAUCAUACUGCAGUUCAAGGUCUAGUUUGCAUAAUGUUGAGUAUGUGUUGGAAGAAUA